AGCCAACUCGUAAGGAUACUCGGCACGCAACUUUGUUCUCCUACGUAAAUCUGCAAUGUCCACUCAAAGAGAUCUCGAACGAGAAGAGGCUGGUCCUAGCUUUGGUAUGUACUUGACAACAUUCUAUUAAUCCAGCAGAAAUAUUGAGAAUGCACAAAUGCUCAACGAGAUGAACAAGUCCGCGGCAAGGUUCAAAAGGAUGUGCAAACACCCACGGAAGACGAUUCGACGAUUGUGGCAGCAUGGAUGCAACGGAUCCAGACACUCACUCUUAUAACGACAUUUCUUACUUCCGUCGAUGGAGAGCUCUUCACCCUUACCUCCAGAUCAUCGCAGGUAACAGUUCAUGCAAGCUUAGACUUUCAGGAACUCGUGUAUGCAUGUUUGGCUGGUGCCCUCGUUUUUCAUGUCUGUGCUUCAAUUCUGGGAUAUAUCGCGUCUUUCCUUCUCGUUCGAUACAAGACCAUCGACGCAAUACCCCCUUCCGAUAUGAAACCCGACGUGCUGGGAAAACUUCCUGACACUGGUUCACCUCACAAAAGCGUUAAUGGAAAGCAACUCUUGCUUACAGCCAUCCCUCCUUUGUAUAUCGUACAGUCCCUUCUUCAGAUACCCUCCGGGGUCCGAUUCCAAUCCAGGGCGUCCACUCCCCCACUGAAUCUUCUGACCCGGUGCUAUUUUACGAUUUUGGCGCUAAGUGGCGCUGGCUUUGUCUUGGCACUUCUUGGUAUCGCCACUUACACAUGGUUUGGACUGAAGCGGGUUGUUGGGAUAUUCACGAUAGCUUGUAUAGGUAUUAGUCUGUUGUCAGGUGUGUGGGCGAUGGUGUACUGAUCCGCGUGCCUUGGAUACGUGAUUAUCAUGUUGUUAACGACAAUACGAACUCAUUCACGAUU